AUGCCGGAAUUGCCGCGGUCGCUCGUACGGUCGUGGUCGUCGACUCUUAAACUCCCCAAGUCGACAUUCCCCGCCCGCGUCACACCCGCCGACCAGACGAAGUACCUGAAACGAUGCACUGACGAGCUCUACGCCUGGCAGCGCCGGGAACGGCCUGCGGACCGACCGUUCGUGCUGCACGAUGGACCGCCGUACGCGAAUGGCGAGCUGCACGUCGGCCACGCGCUCAACAAGAUUCUGAAGGAUAUAAUCUGCCGCGUGCAGCUGGCGCAGGGCAAGCGCGUGCGGUACGUGCCGGGCUGGGACUGCCAUGGGUUACCCAUCGAGUUAAAGGCUCUGGUGCAGCAGAAGGAGCUUGGGGAGACGGGCGGGUCGAUUGGCGCCGCUGCGAUCCGCAAGGCUGCGCGGAAGCUGGCGGGGAAGACGGUCAAGGAGCAGAUGAAGGGGUUUCGGAGUUUUGGUGUGAUGGCGGAUUGGGAAGGCCACUGGAAGACGAUGGAUAAGGAGUUUGAGAAGCGACAGCUUGGGGUGUUUCGUGAGAUGGUCGAGAAGGGAUUGAUUUACAGAAGGUUUAAACCUGUGUACUGGUCGCCGUCUACGGGGACGGCGCUUGCCGAAGCGGAAUUGGAAUACAAGGAUGACCAUGUGUCUACAGCUGCUCUGGUCAAAUUUCCUCUGGUUUCUCUACCUCCCACGUUGGCUCAGGAUCCCCUGGUGCAAGUCAAGGACCUCAGCGCUGUUAUUUGGACUACUACGCCUUGGACGCUCCCCGCCAAUGCUGUUAUCGCCGUGCAUGAGUCGUUGGAGUACGCAAUCGUCCAGUCGGAUACUCAUGGUCAACUUCUUGUCGCGCAAUCCCGGCUAGAAUAUCUCGAAAACCUGCUGAAGGAGGAUUUGACCGUCAUCAUCCCCUCUAUUCUUGGUUCGCAGCUAGCAGAUCAGACCACGUAUCGACCGCUGUUCAAGUCAGUGGAAGCGGAGCCGCAGCCGAUCAUUGCUGCGGACUUUGUGACUGCUGACUCUGGUUCGGGACUGGUUCAUUGUGCUCCUGGGCACGGCAUGGACGACUAUGAAGCUUGUGUUCCUCGUGGCAUUCCUGCAUUUGCACCGGUUGACGAUCAAGGAAGAUUCACCGACAAGGCCAUGCCGAAGGACCCCGCUCGAUUGAGCGGGAAGAGUGUCCUCGGCGACGGAAAUGCCGCGGUCCUUGAAUACAUCGAUUCGGAGGGGUUUCUCCUCGCGCAGCAUCAGUAUGAGCACAAGUAUCCUUACGAUUGGCGGUCUAAGCUCCCGAUUAUCAUCCGAGCCACCGAGCAGUGGUUCGCGGAUGUGGCCGAUAUCCGUGGUCGUGCGGUCCGAGCCCUGGAGGAUGUCAAAUUCGUUCCGGCUUCUGGUAAGCAGCGCUUGGAGAACUUCGUCAAGAACCGGAGCGAAUGGUGCAUCUCGCGCCAGCGUGCCUGGGGCGUGCCAAUUCCGGCUCUCUAUCAUCGGGGUACCGGCGAUGCUGUGCUUACCAAGGAUAGCGUCUCGCAUAUCAUGUCUGUGAUUGAGCAGCGCGGGAUCGACGCGUGGUGGACCGACGAUCAGAGCGAUCCUGCCUGGAUCCCACCCGCACUGCAGGGAGAGUCUGGACCUGGCUACCGACGUGGAACAGAUACAAUGGACGUGUGGUUCGAUAGCGGUACUAGUUGGGCCGAGAUCGAUAUUCCUCCCAGGGACGGACACCCGGCGGACGUCUACCUCGAGGGCACCGACCAGCACCGCGGCUGGUUCCAGUCCGGGCUUCUCACUUACAUUUCACAUCAGCUUGCCUCGGGGGAGACUACCGCCCCUCGCGCACCGUUCAGAACCCUCAUCACCCACGGAUUUACGCUCGACGAGGAAGGACGCAAGAUGAGCAAAUCGAUCGGAAACGUGAUUCAUCCCCAGCCUAUCAUGGAUGGUACUCUGCUGCCGCCGCUCAAACCGAGGAAAGGCAAGGGAAAGAAGCAGCAAGAGAACCAAGGCCCCGUCUAUGACGCACUGGGCCCCGAUGCGCUUCGCAUGUGGGCGGCCGGCAGCGACUACACUCGAGACGUCGUCAUGGGGAAACAGGUGCUGCAAACCGUCAACACCAGCCUGCACAAGUUCCGUGUGACCUUCAAGCUCCUUUUGGGGGCCCUAUCCGACUUCCAGCCGUCCGACCAGCUUCCCUACGGUCAAUUGCAACAAGUCGAUCGCAUGGCGCUGAUGCACCUCUCCGAGAUGGUUCUCGCUUGCCGCAAGGCAUGUAACGAUUUCGAGUUCUACAAGGCUGUCAACGCCAUGAACCGAUGGGCCAACCUGGAGUUUUCUGCAUUCUACAUGGAAGCGAUCAAGGACCGGCUCUACACGUACGGAGAGAACAGCAUCAGCCGACGCGGCGCGCAAACGACCCUGUUCCACAUCUAUCAAUACCUUCAAGAGGUACUGGCGCCCAUCACUCCCUUGCUGAUCGAAGAAACCUGGGAACAUGCUCCGGAAACCAUCCGAUCGCAUUGCGAACAUCCCCUGAAGCGUAUCGCCUCGCCACCUCCUGUCGAAUGGCAGGACCACUCUCUUGGGACCGACUAUCAUGAUCUCGCGGCGGUCAGCUCCGUGAUCAAGGCCCUGCAAGAGCAAGCGAGAAGCAAGAAACAACUUGGCUCUUCGCUCCAGUCCUUCGUCCAUCUCGUACUCCCCGAGGAUAAUCCAUCCGACUCCGCUCUGCAACGAACCCUGUCCGAGCUCCCUGAUCUCUUCGUUGUUUCCUCGGUGACGGUUGGAGCGCACGGAGAACCGCUCCCAGCCGCUCUCGCAGAAGCGGAGUGGCAGUACAGCGAAGCAUAUGAGCUCCCCAGCGGCGGGAAGGGCGCGGUGUACGUCUACACACCGCCAGCAGGCAAAUGUCCCCGCUGCUGGCGCUAUGUGGUCCCCGAACCCCAGGCCAGUGAAGAGGCGCUGUGUGAUCGGUGUGAGGAUGUUGUACAAGAGCUGGAUGCCAAGGUCCAGUAA